GCCCGCCAGCCCGUCCUCCCCCCCGCGGCGGCCGGCUCCGCUCGUUGGCGUUGCCUGGGGUCCUUUUCCUCCCGGUCCCGCCUGCUUGCCCCCGCUGCGCCGUGCCCAGCCGGGCCAGGCCUGGAGCCGACACCACCGCCAUCAUGCCGGCCGUAUCCAAGGGCGAUGGGAUGCGGGGGCUCGCGGUGUUCAUCUCCGACAUCCGGAACUGUAAGAGCAAGGAGGCGGAGAUUAAGAGAAUCAACAAGGAACUGGCCAAUAUCCGCUCCAAGUUCAAAGGGGACAAAGCUUUGGAUGGCUACAGUAAGAAAAAAUAUGUCUGUAAACUGCUCUUCAUCUUCCUGCUUGGCCAUGACAUUGACUUCGGGCAUAUGGAAGCCGUGAACCUGCUUAGCUCCAACAAGUACACAGAGAAGCAGAUAGGUUACCUGUUCAUCUCGGUGCUGGUGAACUCGAACUCUGAGCUGAUCCGGCUCAUCAACAAUGCCAUCAAGAAUGACCUGGCCAGCCGCAACCCCACCUUCAUGUGUCUGGCCCUGCACUGCAUCGCCAAUGUGGGCAGCCGCGAGAUGGGCGAGGCCUUUGCCGCUGACAUCCCUCGCAUCCUGGUGGCCGGGGACAGCAUGGACAGCGUGAAGCAGAGUGCGGCCCUGUGUCUGCUGCGGCUCUACAAGGCCUCGCCCGACCUGGUGCCCAUGGGCGAGUGGACGGCCCGCGUCGUGCACCUGCUCAAUGACCAGCACAUGGGCGUGGUCACAGCUGCUGUCAGCCUCAUCACCUGUCUCUGCAAAAAGAACCCGGAUGACUUCAAGACGUGCAUCUCCCUGGCUGUGUCUCGCCUGAGCAGGAUCGUAUCCUCGGCCUCCACCGACCUCCAGGACUACACCUACUACUUCGUCCCCGCGCCCUGGCUCUCCGUGAAGCUCCUGCGGCUGCUGCAGUGCUACCCCCCGCCAGAGGAUGCGGCCGUGAAGGGCAGGCUGGUCGAGUGUCUGGAGACUGUGCUCAACAAGGCCCAGGAGCCGCCCAAGUCCAAGAAGGUCCAGCACUCCAAUGCCAAGAACGCCAUCCUCUUCGAGACCAUCAGCCUCAUCAUCCACUACGACAGGUGCCACCCAUGGGGCGCUUGACAGUUCCUGCAGCACCGCGAGACCAACCUGCGCUACCUGGCCCUGGAGAGCAUGUGCACGCUGGCCAGCUCCGAGUUCUCCCACGAGGCGGUCAAGACCCACAUUGACACCGUCAUCAACGCCCUCAAGGUGUGAUCUCGGACUCUGAGUGUGAGGGAGAGAGGGGCUGAGGGCCUGGAGCCCCUGGCUGUGAGCCCAGAUCCAGUUGAGUCCACACCCUACGCCCCCAUGGGCCUACGCUCGUGCACACACGCAUGCCUGUCCUCCCUCGGCUGGCAGGUCCUGAAGGUGGCCAUCCUGGCUGAGAAGUACGCGGUGGACUACAGCUGGUACGUGGACACCAUCCUCAACCUCAUCCGCAUCGCAGGCGACUAUGUGAGUGAGGAGGUGUGGUACCGCGUGCUGCAGAUCGUCACCAACCGUGAUGACGUCCAGGGCUAUGCUGCCAAGACUGUGUUUGAGGCGCUCCAGGCCCCAGCCUGUCACGAGAACAUGGUCAAGGUCGGCGGCUACAUCCUUGGGGAGUUUGGAAACCUAAUUGCCGGGGACCCCCGCUCCAGCCCCCCAGUGCAGUUCUCACUGCUGCACUCCAAGUUCCACCUGUGCAGCGUGGCGACGCGGGCCCUGCUGCUGUCCACCUACAUCAAGUUCAUCAACCUCUUCCCGGAGACCAAGGCCACCAUCCAGGGCGUGCUGCGGGCCGGCUCCCAGCUGCGCAACGCGGACGUGGAGCUGCAGCAGCGCGCGGUCGAGUACCUCACCCUCAGCUCGGUGGCCAGCACGGACGUCCUGGCCACGGUGCUGGAGGAGAUGCCGCCCUUCCCCGAGCGCGAGUCGUCCAUCCUGGCCAAGCUCAAGCGCAAGAAGGGGCCGGGAGCCGCCAGCGCCCUGGACGACGGCCGGAGGGACGCAAGCAGCAAUGACAUCAACGGGGGUGUGGAGCCCACCCCCAGCACGGUGUCGACACCCUCACCCUCCGCCGACCUCCUGGGGCUGCGGGCAGCCCCUCCCCCAGCGGCACCCCAGGCUCCCGCGGGUGCAGGCAACCUCCUGGUGGACGUCUCUUCCGAUGGCCCAGUCGCCCAGCCCGGCCUGGGGCCCACCCCCGAGGAGGCCUUCCUCAGCCCAGGUCCUGAGGACUUCGGGUCGCCCAUCCCAGAGGCUGAUGAACUGCUGAAUAAGUUCGUGUGUAAGAACAAUGGGGUCCUGUUUGAGAACCAGCUGCUGCAGAUUGGAGUCAAGUCAGAGUUCCGGCAGAACUUGGGCCGCAUGUAUCUCUUCUACGGCAACAAGACCUCAGUACAGUUCCAGAGCUUCACGCCCACUGUCGUCCACCCUGGGGACCUCCAGACUCAGCUGGCCGUGCAGACCAAGCGCGUGGCCGCGCAGGUGGACGGCGGGGCGCAGGUGCAGCAGGUGCUCAACAUCGAGUGUCUGAGGGACUUCCUGGCGCCCCCGCUCCUGUCUGUGCGCUUCCGGUAUGGGGGCGCCCCUCAGUCCCUCACCCUGAAGCUCCCCGUGACCAUCAACAAGUUCUUCCAGCCAACAGAGAUGGCGGCCCAGGACUUCUUCCAGCGCUGGAAGCAGCUGAGCCUCCCCCAACAGGAGGCGCAGAAGAUCUUCAAAGCCACCCACCCCAUGGACGCUGAGGUCACGAAGGCCAAGCUCCUGGGGUUCGGCUCUGCUCUCCUGGACAACGUGGACCCCAACCCCGAGAACUUCGUGGGGGCCGGGAUCAUCCAGACGAAAGCCCUGCAGGUGGGCUGUCUGCUCCGGCUGGAGCCCAACGCCCAGGCUCAGAUGUACCGGCUGACCCUGCGCACCAGCAAGGAGCCUGUCUCCCGUCACCUGUGUGAGCUGCUGGCCCAGCAGUUCUGAGCCCCGGACCCUGCCCCCGGAAGUGUGGCCGGCGCCAGGAAGCCCCCAGGACUGAGGGAGCUUUGGUGGAUCGGAGCAGUGAGGGGACCUCCGCUGGUGACAGGGAAGACCCCAGGGUAGGGGGGUGCCUGGGACUUUCCUCCGGCCUUUUGUAUUUUUAUUUUUGUUCAUCUGCUGCUGUUUACAUUCUGGGGGGUUGGGGGAGCCCCCUCCCUCCCUUCCCCCCCCAAGCACAGAGGGGAGAGGGGCCAGGGAAGCAGGCGCCUCCUCCCCUCCCACCCACCCUGUUGUGGCCCCUCCUGCCCCCUCCCCGUCCAGGGGCUGUGUAUUAUUGUGACCCAAUAAACAGAGAGACGCUAACA